GGCGAGGGAAGGGAAAGCGAGGGAAGGGAAAGCGAGGGAAGGGAAGGCGAGGGAAGGGAAGGGAAGGGAAAGCGAGGGAAGGGAAGGCGAGGGAAGGGAAGGGAAGGGAAAGCGAGGGAAGAGAAAGAAUGA